GGAGCUGUGUGCUCGCAGGCGGGGAGGGCGGGCUGAGGGAGAGCUGCUGUUACAGAACACCCUGUGCGAGCACAGGGAGCCAUAAAAGGCUUAAACUCUGGGGCUGGUGAUGCAGCGGGUACACACAGGCACGCACAGCCCGGCUGCAGCGCUGAGAGCAGGGAGAGCAGAUGGGGAAACGCGCUCCCCGUUCAUUGUCCUGCAUCUCGGGAGGGUGAGGAUCAGGGCUGCUGGAUUGAUGCUGAUUCCUUUCUUCCCUUGCAUCCCUCCCACACAGCAAUCCCAGCCCCGGCUGCUCCCGGCGCUGCUCGCAUCCCUGCCACCAGCGCGGGAAGGGAGGAGGAGGAGGAUGCUCUACAGGCACUGAGGAUUCGGGCAUUGAAGAGCAUCUGUAACCAGAGCCAUGCUCCACCUGGACACAGCGCUGCCCAGUCCCUGCAGAAGCUUCUGAAGCAGAUCCGGAGCUGCAGGGUUCAUGGGGACACAAUGAAAGCAUAGGCAGCCCCAUCCCUUGGGCAGGCACCGAUGCUCUGUGUCCCCCCCAGCCACCAUGGAGCUCGCUAACAGCAAAGACUUCCAAUGGAAAACCCUGGCCCCGCUCCCGAGCCGCAGGGUCUACUCCACGCUGGUGGAAGCCGGGGGGCAAGUGUUUGCCAUCGGGGGCUGCGAUGACAACGGGGUCCCCAUGGACUGCUUCGAGGUCUACUCCCCAGAGGCUGACCAGUGGACAUCGCUGCCCCCCAUGCCCACGGCCAGGGCUGGGGUGGCCGUGGCCACCUUGGGCAAGAGGAUCAUGGUGAUCGGAGGGGUGGGAGUGAAUCAGCUGCCGGUGAAGAUAGUGGAGAUGUACAACACGGAUGAGGGCAAGUGGAAGAAGAGGAACUCGCUGAGGGAGGCGGCCAUGGGCAUCUCUGUGACGGCAAAAGACUACAGAGUCUAUGCAGCCGGCGGGAUGGGAUCCGACCUGCGGGCACACAACUACCUGCAGCACUAUGACAUGCUGAAGGACAUCUGGGUGUCCCUGGCGGCCAUGCCCACACCCAGGUACGCUGCCACCUCCUUCCUGCGAGGCACCAAGAUCUACGUGCUGGGUGGAAGGCAGUCCAAGUACGCCAUCAAUGCCUUCGAGGUCUUUGACACCGAGACCCGGUCGUGGACCAAGUUUCCCAACAUCCCCAACAAAAGGGCCUUCUCCAGCUUCGUGCCCACUGAAGACAAACUCUUCAGCCUCGGGGGCCUGCGCCAGGGCCGGCUCUACCGGCAGCCCAAGUUCAUGAGGACCGUGGACAUGUUUGACAUGGAGCAAGGUGGCUGGAUGAAGAUGGAGCGCUCCUCCUACCUCAAGAAGAGGCGAGCAGACUUCGUGGCUGGCUACCUGAAAGGCAGAGUUGUCGUGGCUGGGGGACUCGGGAACCAACCGACGGUCCUGGAGUCGGCGGAAGCCUUCCACCCCGAGAAGAACAAGUGGGAGAGCCUCCCCCCGAUGCCCACCCCGCGCUGCGCCUGCUCCAGCAUCGUGCUGCACAACUGCCUGCUGGCCGUUGGGGGGGUGAGCCAGGGCCUGAGCAGUGCCGUGGAGGCUCUGUGCAUCUCUGACGCCUGA